GCUAGUACCAGGCUAGUACACGGCCUGUUAGCCCCGCCCUCACGGACCUCCCUCCGGGCUGAAGUGAUGCAGCAGGCGGCGGUCAGUGGGUGAAGGAGGGCGGCUUGUGGGGAGCAGCCUGGUGGACUAGCAGAGACUGAAGGAGCACUGCUUGGAGUUAAACCGUCUUGCUGGGGAUAUCUUGGUGUACAUGAGGACCGAUAAGGACCGUACACCAGAGUCUCAACAUGCACCGAAUAACGGGGAGAGCGGGAGGCGACAGUCUGAUAGAGAUGAGCCCAACAGACUCUUUCAAUGAUGAUGUAAAUGGCUACCACCAACAUGUUUCUUCGAGCACAGGAUCCCUCCAACCGGAACAAUCACCGUCUCCUUUAACGCCUGAUGUGUGUGUAGAGACCUGUGAUUCUCUCAACACCAGCCUGGCCUCGCUGGCCCAGUCUGAACACAGCGACAGUCCACAGCACGAGUCUGACACUUUAGAGCGAAUCGAAACUUUGACUGGGUGGAGAAAGCGGGCCCAAUUCCUGAAGUUUCGUUCCAGGAUUGACAAACAACAACACAGCAAAGACUCUGUGUUCUUCCGUGAUGGGGUGCGCAGGAUUGAUUUUGUCCUGUCCUAUCUUGAUGAUAAAGAUGGCGAGAGAAAGCAGGAGAGGAGGAAGAUGUACGAAGCUAAUUUAGUGAACGUCGGCCUGGAACUGGAGACAGAAGAUAAAUCGGAGUCGGACGACGGAAAGACUUAUUUUGUGAAGAUCCACGCUCCAUGGGAAGUCUUGGCCACCUACGCAGACGUGCUGAAGAUCAAGGUCCCAUUCAAGGUCAAUGACAUCCCAGACAACGGUGACAUGCCCAUGAACUGGCUGUCCACCCCCUUCCGUCUGCCGGAGCACAUCAUGCACCCCGAGCCCGACUAUUUCACGGCUCCAUUCGACAAGAGCAAGUCCGACUUCUUCCUCAUCGAUGACAAAGCGACGUUCUUCCCUCCAUCUGUCCGCAACAGGAUAGUCUACUACAUCCUGUCCCGCUGUUCAUACUUCAAGGAUGAGUGCGGAGUUAAAGACAAGAAGGGAAUCAAGAGGUUACUCAACAACUGCACCUACACUGCUGCCUUCCCGCUGCAUGAUUGUAGAUACUGGACAAAAGCUAAAGAUGCUAAUUGCGAAAGUGAGAGAUACCAUCUCCACAAACACUGGGCCAGAUUCUUAUGUUUCUACAAGGAGCAGCCCCUCAAUCUCAUAAGGAAGUAUUAUGGGGAGAAGAUAGGUAUUUAUUUUGCCUGGCUGGGCUUCUACACUGAGAUGCUGUUGUUUGCUGCGAUAGUGGGAACACUCUGUUUCGUCUAUGGAUUCCUCACCUUCGAUGACAACCAGUGGAGUAAAGACAUAUGUAGUGCUGAAAUCGGAGGGAACAUUGUCAUGUGCCCGCUGUGUGACAAGAAAUGUGGCUACUGGAAACUCAACUCAACAUGCAACUCCUCAUGGCAAUCGCACCUGUUUGACAAUGUGGGAACGGUGUUUUUUGCCAUAUUUAUGGCGAUUUGGGUGACGCUGUUCCUGGAGUUCUGGAAGAGGCGGCAGGCUCGACUCGAGUACGAGUGGGAUCUGGUGGACUUUGAAGAGGAGCAACAGCAGCUGCAGCUUCGGCCUGAGUAUGAGACAAAGUGCACCAACCGCAAGCUGAACCGAAUCACUCAGGAAAUGGAGUUGGUUCUUAACAGGACUCCCACAGAUUUAAUGGGGAAGUUGUUGCUGUGCUGGGCCACCGUGACACUCUGGAUCUCAUUGAUCAUUGCCUGCAUCAUUGGCGUGAUAGCGUACCGUCUGGCGGUUUACGCAGCCUUCGCCAGCAUCAUGAAGGACAAUCCCACCACCAACCUGCAGGUGGUCGGCCCCUACAUCACGCCACAGCUGGCCACCUCUGUCACAGCCUCCUGCAUCAACUUUGUCAUCAUCAUGAUCCUCAACCUCAUGUAUGAGAGAGUGGCUGUUUGGAUCACUGACAUGGAAAUUCCCAAGACCCAUCUGGAGUAUGAGAACAAACUGACGGUGAAGAUGUUCCUCUUCCAAUUUGUCAACUACUAUUCCUCCUGCUUCUACGUGGCUUUCUUUAAGGGCAAAUUUGUCGGCUAUCCUGGAAAUUAUGCUUAUAUGUUUGGCAGCACACUGAGGAAUGAAGAGUGUGACCCUGGAGGCUGUUUGAUUGAGUUGACCACGCAGCUGGUGAUCGUGAUGACGGGUAAACAGGUGUGGGGAAACAUCCAGGAGGCUCUGGUCCCAUGGAUGAUGAACUGGUGGGGCAGCAGGAAGGCACGAAACCACCCAGAGAGUCUGUACAGCCGCUGGGAGCAGGACCACGACCUGCAGGGCUUCGGACAGCUCGGCCUCUUCUACGAGUAUCUGGAAAUGGUGAUCCAGUUUGGUUUCAUCACGCUGUUCGUCGCCUCCUUCCCCCUGGCACCCCUGUUGGCACUCAUCAACAACAUCAUCGAGGUGAGAGUGGAUGCCUGGAAGCUCACCACUCAGUUCAGACGUCCGGUGGCAGCAAAGGCUCACAGCAUCGGAGCCUGGGAGGAGAUCCUCAACGGGAUGGCCGUUCUCUCUGUGGUCACAAAUGCGUUCAUCGUGGCCUUCACCUCUGACAUGAUCCCUCGGCUCGUGUACAUGUACGCCUACCAACCGGACGGGGAGUUGAAUAUGAAAGGCUACAUAAGCAACAGCCUGUCUUCCUUUAAUAUUUCUGUCAUCCCAGUCGAAAACAGGCCUGAUGACGAUGAGAACCCUUCCUGGUUCAACAACUCCAUCGAUACCUGCAGGUACCGUGAUUACCGCUACCCCUCCGGCCACGAGAAGCAGUACUCUCACACUAUGCAGUUCUGGCAUAUUCUGGCAGCAAAGCUGGCGUUCAUCAUUAUCAUGGAGCACGUUGCGUUCCUGGUCAAGUUCUUUGUUGCCUGGAUGAUUCCUGAUGUUCCCUCUGAGGUGAGGGCUCGAGUGAAGAGAGAGCGCUACCUGGUCCAGGAGUAUCUCCAUAACUAUGAAGUGGAGAAGCUGAAGAUCCAACUCAGCCAAAACGUCAAUGAAGAGUGUAACUGCUCGCCUAUGAUCUACCCGUGUUUAACCAAACAUGAGGUGCUGUCAGAGUGUCUCUAGCCCAGAGAGCUGCUGGCUAAUCCUCUGGACAUGAUGUAGAUUACUCUGCUGGGGUAUGAUGAUACUGACCAUGACUUUGCUGUAGUGCCUGUGUGUUUUGUGCAGUACACAUACACACACAAACUAAGAACAUAUAUAUAAAAAGCCAUCCCUAUUCUACUAGUCUGCUGAUAGUUAAAGUGCACGGAGUGGAUCGACCAAGUCUCCAUGCAUGCUGAAACACAUGUAUUUAAACCUCUGGCCUACACUCUCUAUGUUGCAAUGAAAGCGCUGAUGAUAAUCAACAUUUGCUGUAAAAAAUCCCAAAACACUGUGUCUAAUCCAGACAACCUACUCUUGUUUAAAUAUGACUAUUUAUUUAAUUGCCACUAUAAGUAACCAAAGACUAGGUGCCUUCAUUUAUGAAACACUUAUCAUUGGUUCUAUCUGCUAGUAGAAUAACAGCCAUUUAGAAACUGAGGGCUUGCUUAUUAUGAGAAUUUGAGUUGUCCCUUGUUUGUAUGUGCAGCUAUAUGACAGUUCCAGUAUCUCUAAGUCUAUAUUCAAUUUUAGUUUAUUUUUAGUUUUUAAAGUUACAGUCAAUCAAUCAAUCAAUCAAUCAAUCAAUCAAUCAAUACAGCAACUCAUUGUAUUCACAUUGAGGUAAUCCUUACUCAAUUUUAACAAACUAGUAUCCUCUCUCUGGCAAAUACUAGGCUAGUAACAUUUAGCUUUAAUCUCAUAACCACCCAGCAGUUUCUCCAGCUUCAAAUCUGACAUGUGAAGUAGCUUUCUGUGAAGAGAAAUCUGUGCAGCUGUUAGUACUGUGAGUGAAGGUGGCUUUUGUCCUGCAGUGGCCAGUUGUUGAGCAGCAGCAGCAGCAGCAGCAGCAGCUGGUGUGUGUUGACUGUUGACGGUAAGUCCUGUGCCUGGAGAUGAGGAGCGGGAAGCCCUGAGAGAGUGAAGGGAUCCCUUUUUGAUGUGCCUCUGUUUACCAACACGUCGGAGCUAAUGAAAGCUGCCCCUACCUACUGAACUAUGUUUGCUCCAUUACACAAAGCACGUCAGCCAUCGCCCACUUCUUGUGCUUCUGUUUGUCCUCAGCUGUGUCUGUGUUGAGAAGGAAAGAUACACAUUCUUUUUUUUAAUUUUGCACAAAGCACUUAAUGAAACGUGAUUACCAAGACGUAAACAUGUCAGUGUCUUUGUGGUCAUGAUGCUACGCAUUCAUAAUCAGUGUUUUGAAGCAACAAUGUCUGAUACUUUGUGUUCACUAAUAUGGAACAGUUGUACUGCAGGUGAAAAAGAAGUCUGAAUUUGAUAUUUAUAUUGUGCUUAAAUGACAACCGGGAGAAAGAUGUAGCUUUUUUGUUUUUAAAUUUUAUGAAGGACAUUUCAUGGCUGCCUAAAUGAAAACAUGUGAUACUUAUCUGUUGUUGAAGUAUUUCAAUGUUAGGUAAAAUAGCUGACUGCUGUGCUACAAACUCAGGCAACGAUAAACCUAUGUUUGAUCGUGAUGCAUGUAGAUGAGAUCCUGUUGUGUUGGACGUUUUCCCCAACUCAUGUUCUGCGCUUAGCUAAACUAUUACCUGUUGAUGCCUUAACACAUCUAAUACCUGUGUUUUCUAUUUUAUUUUAUUGAAUAUUUCUUUUCUUUAAUAAUAAUAUUUCAUUUUAUACUAUUAUCGUGCUUGGGGAAAAGGUGAAUCUGUUUACUGUAAGCUUUAAGUUACGAUGUUAUGUUUCAUUCAUUCGUUUCUGUAAUUUUUGUAAUUGUCAUGUAUCCAAAUAUGUAAAAAGACAAAUCUCCAAAAUAAAGUGGCAGUUCAACUUGA